AGAAACGAAAUAGUGUGAAAACGCAUUGACCGAAAAAUCUCCCCUCCUCUUUCCAUUCUUUGACGAACCAAAUCCAUCAAUAAAUCUUUUCUCUCCAUUUAUAACCUGACCUUCCUUCUCUCUUUUCUCGGAUUGAAUUUAUAAUGGGUGAAACUAAAACGAUCGAAAACAAAUCUAAAUCUCUUGUUCGGCUAAGAAAUUGAGAGCCACCGGGAUUGGAGCAAGCUCCAAAAACAACACAUGGAGAGAGCCCUGGAACUGCAAGAUCCUGCAAACCCCAACUCCUCCCAGAAUGCUCAAAAGUCUAAAGAGAUACCCAUGAUUGGAAACCCUAGAAGCAAUAGCGACAGCCAUCCCUUCAGGGGGUCUCACCAUCGAAGAGCCCACUCUGAGGUAAAUUUCCGAAUCCCGGAUGACAUGGAUCUCCCAUUCGACGCGUCCACGGGGAGUUUCGAAGAUGUUGGAUCUGAGGAUGAUCUAUUCAGUACUUACAUGAACAUUGAGAAGCUUGGAUCCAGAAUUAAUGAGUGCCCAAAUGAAGGAAACAAAACCGGAAAUUCUCGAAUCAACGACGACAAUGUUGCUGCCCCUCCAGGGGAUUGUGUUGGUCAGCGUAGUGGAGGAGGAGGAGCAACGGGAGAUGGAGCAGGUGGCAGUAGUGGUGGUGGUGAAGGUGGAGGUUCACAGAAUGAGAACAAUGGUGGGGAGAAGAAUGCAAAGCCAAGGCAUCGAUAUAGCAAUUCGGUUGAUGGGACUUCGAUGCCAAGAGAGCAGUUUUCAUAUGGGGAAACAAUGGAGGCCAAGAAGGCGAUGGAUCCUAAUAAACUUGCUGAGCUUUGGGCUCUAGAUCCCAAGCGAGCCAAAAGGAUUCUAGCAAAUCGACAAUCCGCUGCUCGCUCAAAAGAGAGGAAGGCCCGUUACAUCUCAGAGCUUGAGCGAAAAGUCCAGACAUUACAAACUGAAGCAACUACUCUUUCUGCACAACUCACACUAUUCCAGAGAGAUACAUCGGGUUUGACUACUGAGAAUACAGAUCUUAAGCUUCGGUUACAAGCUAUGGAACAACAAGCUCAUUUACGUGAUGCAUUGAAUGACGCACUGAAGCAGGAGGUUGAGAGGCUCAAGAUUGCCACUGGAGAAAUAUCAAACCCUGGUGAGACAUUUAGCUUGGGAAUGCACCAAAUGCAGUAUAACUCCCCAACUUUCUUCUCACUUCCACAACAAGAAGGUGCUGGAGGCCAUCAGAACAUUCAGUUACCACGGUUCCAUCCUUCCCUGUCCAAUAUGGGAAACCAUCCCCUGCUCGCAGCACAAUCUCAUCUUUUCUCAGAUAUGCUGCAACAGGACCCACUUGGCAGACUACAGGGCCUUGAUAUCAGUAGCAGGGGAUCACAUCUUGUGAAAUCCGAAGGCCCUUCAAUAUCUGCCAGUGAAAGCAGCAGCACUUAUUGACCUGAACUUAGUACCAGUAUCGACUUGCUGAUGUACCUAUGGCCGCACCUCACUUGUUAGAUUGUCCAUAGCUUGGAAACCAGUCAAUUACCCAAUCUUCCUUCUCAUUCUUUGUUUCAAUACAAUUUAUUUAAUUUUUUAUUCAAUUAUUUUCUUUCUUAAUACUGAAAAAAAAAAAGAAGGGAAGGAAAAGAAAACCUUGGGGAAAUCUCCUUUGUGACAUAUUAAUGUACUUUUGUGUCAAAGUACCUUGAAGUAUUUUUGUGGCAGUUUCAGUAGUCCAUCUAUCUUCCUUUUCAAUUUGACUAUUCUCCUGAUGAAUGUGAGAAAGCUCUUUUUGUAUUUUAUUUUGUAAUGAUGAUAUAUGAUAUAUUGGAGUCGACGGUCCUUUUAUUUAUGACCUUGUAAUGUUGAUUUAUUGGGCCGGGCCCAAUUGAAUCUGUACGUUCAUCA